GCAGGGCGACACCGUGUCUGUGGGAAUGAACGAGCGAGUAUAUAAGAGUGUUGGUACAGCCUCCAUCACACCCCACAGUCUCUUCUGCAGCAGACAUGACUGGUGUCCUUGUGAAGACCUGCCUGCUGGGGGCCCUGGCCCUCACCCUCCUACACUCAGGAGCUGAGGCACAGUGUGAGGAAACAGUGAUUGAGCAGCAGUUUCCUGGGUCUUACCUGGCAGAGUUCACAGUGCCUGCACCUACAGAGAUCACCAGCUUCUCCUUGACUAUCACCUUCAGCACUCCCGUCGACAAUGUUAUUUACAAUGAUGGUACGGUGACCAAGGUUGAUGACUACACCUUCAUCCUUGAGAACCCAAAUAUGCAUGCUAAUCCAGGCGAGGGUGUACAUGCUAAGUUUACGGUGGAGUUUACUCACAACAUACCCUAUGUUGUCAACGAGGUGUUCAACGGUGAAGAAAUCUGUGCCACCUUCGCUACCACUCCAGUGCCAAUGCUGAACCCUUGUGAGGAGACUGGCAUGACACCUUACGACUACAACCAGGCACUGUGCAUGUCCUUCGUGUUCUACGAGGCUCAGCGGUCAGGCAAGCUUCCUGCUGAUCAGCGCGUCAACUGGCGUUUCGACUCAGCACUUGAUGACGGUUCUGAUGUUGGCCACGACCUUACUGGUGGCUACUAUGAUGCUGGUGACCACGUUAAGUUUGGCUUCCCCAUGGCUUACACCGCCACUGUGCUGGCUUGGGGUCUCAUUGACUUCGCUGAAGGAUACGAAGCUGCUGGUCAGACUGACUAUGGUCGCGUGGCAGUCAAAUGGGCCACGGACUACUUCCUCAAGGCCCACACUGCCACGGACGAACUUUACGGCCAGGUUGGCAACGGUGGUACGGACCACGCUUUCUGGGGCCGCCCUGAGGACAUGACUAUGGCCAGACCUUCGUAUAAAAUUGAUGAACAGAAGCCAGGAUCUGAUUUGGCCGGAGAGACAGCUGCUGCCCUUGCUGCAGCUUCUAUUGUCUUCCAGGAUGUGGACUCAGCUUACGCCGCAGAGAUGCUGGGCGUAGCCAAGGAGCUCUACGACUUUGCCGACAACUACCGUGACAUCUACGACAACUCCAUCACAGACGCCACACAAUAUUAUCAUUCAUGGAGCGGGUAUGGUGACGAGCUGGCCUGGGCGGCACUGUGGCUGGCAAGAGCCACUGGCGACGAUACUUACCUCGAUCGCGCUAAGGGGACAUGGGACGAGUUCGACUUCUUGGCGGAUGACGUUCAGCAGUUCUCAUGGGACGACAAGAGGGCUGGAGUCUUCGCACUUCUCACCUUGCUGGAUGGUUCUUCGGAGUACUCUGAUCCCCUCGUCAAGUAUCUGGACUGGUUGAAAACCACUGCCCCGUACACCCCUCAGGGUCUGGUCUUCCUCGACCAGUGGGGCGCAAACCGUCACGCUGCAAAUGUUGCCUACAUCUCUCUUUGGGCCGCCAAGCACGGCAUUGAUACAGCAGCCAACGAAGAAUGGGCCAGAGGCCAGAUCGGUCAGUUGUUGGGAGACAAUCCUUUAUACCAGUCCUUCGUGGUCGGCUUCGGUGAAAAUCCUCCUCAGAGGCCCCACCAUCGCUCCAGCUCCUGCCCGUCUCCUCCACAAACCUGCGACGGAAUGAUGACUUACGACGGCCCCAACCAUCAUGUCCUCUACGGUGCCCUUGUUGGUGGACCAGCACAGGACGGCACCUACAAUGACGAUCGUCAGGACUACCAGCACAACGAAGUAGCCUGCGACUACAACGCUGCCUACAGCGGUGCUCUGGCUGCUCUAAUCGAGCUCAGUAAAACUGCAGCUCUUAGGUCAUCAACACUGCUGAGUGAAGGAACUGAGUACGUGUAUUUAGGCACAGAUAAGGGGUCGGGAACCCUCCUUCUGUACCAUAGUCUUCUUUGGUCCGCUGCAAACAUGACUGGAGUCCUGAAGACCUGCCUGCUGGGGGCACUCGCUCUCUCCUUCCUUCUCUCAGGAGCGGAGGCUCAGUGUGACAACAUCGUCAUUACAAACACUUGGCCGGGCAACUAUCAGGCAGAAUUCACUGCUACAGCUCCUGCAGACAUCAAUGGCCUGACCCUGGAGCUGGAGUUCAGCUCACCUCCGGAUGCCGUUGAUUUUUAUUCGGGUCAGGCGACGAAGGUGGACGACACUCACUACACCCUGACCAGCAACAACAUUAAUGUAAAUGCUGGUGAAGAGAUCAAGUUUGACUUCCAGGUACAUUACUCUGCAUUAAGCCCUCUAGUCAUCCAUGAAGUGUUGAACGGCGUAGAAAUCUGCGACUCGGCCUUCACUACACCAACACCCAUGCAGAAUCCUUGUGCUGAGACUGGCAUGUCACCCUACGACUACGCCCAGGUACUGUGCAUGUCCUAUGUGUUCUACGAGGCUCAGCGGUCAGGCAAGCUUCCUGCUGAUCAGCGCGUCACUUGGCGUUUCGACUCAGCUCUUGAUGACGGUUCUGAUGUUGGUCACGACCUCACUGGAGGCUACUAUGACGCUGGUGAUCACGUUAAGUUUGGAUUCCCAAUGGCUUACACCGCCACCGUCCUGGCUUGGGGCCUCAUUGAUUUCGAAGAGGGUCACCAGAGUGCUGAUCAAGUAGAGUAUGGUAAAGCUGCUGUCAAAUGGGCCACAGACUACUUCCUCAAGGCUCACACCGCUAAAGAUGAACUCUAUGGUCAGGUUGGAGCUGGAGGACCAGACCACGCCUUCUGGGGACGCCCAGAGGACAUGACCAUGGAGCGACCCUCUUACAAAAUUGAUGACUCACAUCCAGGAAGCGACUUGGCCGGUGAGACAGCCGCUGCCCUUGCUGCAGCAUCCAUUGUCUUCAAGUCAUCAGACUCUGCUUACUCUGAGGAGAUGUUAAGUGUGGCGAAGGAGCUCUACGAUUUUGCUGACGCACAUCGUGAUAUCUACACUAAUGCCAUUACUGAUGCAACAGCGUACUACAACUCGUGGAGCGGCUAUGGCGACGAGCUGGCCUGGGCAGCACUGUGGCUGGCAAGGGCCACUGACGACGAUACUUACCUCACACGUGCAAGAGGACACUGGGACGAAUUCGACUACACAGGGUCUGAAGUAGUCCAGUUCUCUUGGGAUGACAAGAGGGCCGCAGUGUUCGGACUCUUCUAUAUGUUGGACGGCGGAGAUGAGUACAAGAACGCUUUCGUCAGUUUCUUGGACUGGGUGAAGAACGACGCCCCAUACACUCCCGAAGGCUUGGUCUUCCUCGACGCAUGGGGUGCCAAUCGUCAUGCUGCUAACGUUGCUUACCUCGCUCUCUAUGCUGCUAAGCUCGGUCUCGACGCAGAAGAAAAUCGUGAGUGGGCCAAGGGCCAGAUCGGUCAGCUGCUGGGAGACAAUCCUAAGUACCAGUCCUUCGUUGUGGGCUACGGUGUGAACCCUCCUGAGAAGCCUCACCACCGCUCCAGUUCCUGCCCCAACCCACCAUCUGACUGCUCGGGAGGUUUUACAAACCCUGGUCCAAACCCUCAUGUCCUCUACGGUGCUCUUGUCGGAGGACCAGCACAGGACGGCAGCUACGUUGACGACCGCCAGGACUACCAGCACAACGAGGUGGCUUGUGACUACAACGCUGCCUUCAGCGGUGCUCUGGCUGCUAUGGUCGAGCUCAGUUAGAACACCAGACUUCACUCUCAACAUCAUCAGUUAGAGUAUGGUAAGGCUGCUGUCAAAUGGGCCACAGACUACUUCCUUAAGGCUCACACCGCUAAAGAUGAACUCUAUGGUCAGGUUGGAGCUGGAGGACCAGACCACGCUUUCUGGGGACGCCCAGAGGACAUGACCAUGGAGCGACCCUCUUACAAAAUUGAUGACGGACAUCCAGGAAGUGACUUGGCCGGUGAGACAGCCGCUGCCCUUGCUGCAGCAUCCAUAGUCUUCAAGUCAUCAGACUCUGCUUACUCUGAGGAGAUGUUAAGUGUGGCGAAGGAGCUCUACGAUUUUGCUGACGCACAUCGUGAUAUCUACACUAAUGCCAUUACUGAUGCAACAGCGUACUACAACUCGUGGAGCGGCUAUGGCGACGAGCUGGCCUGGGCAGCACUGUGGCUGGCAAGGGCCACUGGCGACGAUACUUACCUCACACGUGCAAGAGGACACUGGGACGAAUUCGACUACACAGGGUCUGAAGUAGUCCAGUUCUCUUGGGAUGACAAGAGGGCCGCAGUGUUCGAACUCUUCUAUAUGUUGGACGGCGGAGAUGAGUACAAGAACGCUUUCGUCAGUUUCUUGGACUGGGUAAAGAACGACGCCCCAUACACUCCCGAAGGCUUGGUCUUCCUCGACGCAUGGGGUGCUAAUCGUCAUGCUGCUAACGUUGCUUACCUCGCUCUCUAUGCUGCUAAGCUCGGUCUCGACGCAGAAGAAAAUCGUGAGUGGGCCAAGGGCCAGAUCGGUCAGCUGCUGGGAGACAAUCCUAAGUACCAGUCCUUCGUUGUGGGCUACGGUGUGAACCCUCCUGAGAAGCCUCACCACCGCUCCAGCUCCUGCCCCAACCCACCAUCUGACUGCUCGGGAGGUUUUACAAACCCUGGUCCAAACCCUCAUGUCCUCUACGGUGCUCUUGUCGGAGGACCAGCACAGGUUAGUUUCUCUAGUUCAUUCACAGGGAAGCACUAAAUCGCUAAAUUACCA